AUGGCGGACAAACCAAGCGACUUUACGGAAGCGGAGAGAAGGCGCAUGGAAGCCAUCAACAAACAGUUUGCCACUAGGCAGAAGCAACUUAAGCAGAUGAAAAGAAGAAAUUUAGCCAUAUUUGCUUGUCUGUUAACCUCUGUUGCCGGAAUUUGUAUCCUUUUUAUCUCAAACGAAACUGUUUUACGCAAUACACUUCAGCUUACAUUUUAAUACCGCAAAGAAAACUUUAUAAUCAAAGUAACGGAAAGCUUAGGUUAAACAUUUAUUGAAAUGUAGACUGCGAGUAUGUUUCAUUGACAUUGUUUCUCUUGAUAAUUGCUUGUCAUCUUCUGUUUGAGAAGAAGUUUAUCCGGAAUAAUGUAAUUAAGACAUCAUAUCUGGUCAAUUUGCGGACGGAUUCUUAGUCCCCAUUUCAGGGCAGCGCACGCGUAACUUUAUUAAAUUACUUGUUAGUACUGAAGAGAGACGCUUGAACUAACGAAUUCUAUUAAGGUGGAUUUAUUUUAGUCACAGGCGGAUAUGUGUCACGUCUAUAUUGCAUUUGGUCACAGUCACUUAAUCGCGUGCGUCACGUCCAGGAUAUUUUAACUUCAAAUACUCCGCCGCGUGAAACAAUAUAGCACAGAUCAACUUUAAUACUUGCGCUGAAUUUGGUGCAUUAUUUAAGGUGGACAAGUAAACGAAAUUUGGCAAAACUUCUUAUUCUUGGUUAAGUCAAAAGCACUGGUUUAUUUUAAUUACUAGGAAUUCUUCCGUGCUUUGGGGAAGUGUAUUAACUUCCUUUGUUUGAAGUGGAUACGGACAUGCAGUCAUUUGUGUAAUGUAUCCACAUUUGACCAGGUGUAAGGGCUUUGUGUUGUAAUAUGAUUGAUCACUUGCAUAGAAAUCUACAGCAGUAUGACUUGAGUGACUGACAAAUUUAAUUCCACUUUCAAGUCGUGUGGGGUCAGGUCUAUUGAUCAUGUGUCUCCCAAUUUUUUUCAAAACUUUUGUUUACAUCCAUUCAUGUGCUACCCCCUUUGUGGAUUAUCAAUUUAGAUUUAGAUAAUAUAUAAAUCACCCUUGUGGUCAUAUUUUAAAAAGUUUCUAAAUGACCAGAGGCCCGUUUCUCGAAAGGCCCGGUAACUUUGCAAGCCCAAAGGCAGAUUUUAAAAUAAAAACAGCACAGUUUCUAGCUCACAAACCAGGCCAUUUUGCUUUGUUAACUGAUAGUUUUAUUGUAUCAUUUGCAAAAUUAUUGAAACUUUGAUUUUGAAUGCAAACUCGGCAAGCAUGAAACAGCUUUUCAGGUCUGAAAAGUUACCGGGACUUUCGAGAAACGGGCCCCAACAUCUGAUCAAGGUUUUCAAGUCAAUUAAUUAAACUAUUGACAGUCUGAUCUGUCUGAUCUUGCUACAUUGGGUGACAUGGAAUAAAGCAAAAGUAGAUCUAGGGAUUUGGGAAUUAGGAGACAAGAAUAUAAAAUCAUCUGAUGAUUGUACAAGGUUAAAACUAUUUAGUAUUUUGAAAAUCUUGACUGGCAUCUGGCCACAUAGUGACAGCCUAAAUGUUACAUUUAUGCUGACUUUGGUUUGCAAUCAUAACUACACAAUACAGUAGAACCUUGAUAAAAUGAAGAGCAAAGGGACUGGCAAAAUUUGUUCUUUAUAACGAGGUUUCACUAUAUUGAGUUUUUUUUUCUAAUACACAUAUAUCAUUAUUUUGUAUUUUACUAUUACUGGGUUAAAAAAAAAUUGUUUGUGAUAACAAGGACUUUGGAUAGUCAAGGUUUGUUAUUUUGAGGUUCCACUGUACUAAUGGAACAAGGGAUAUGAUGGAAAUUUAGCGAAGAAUGAAAUGGAAUCAUGUUAAUCUGAGUGAUGACAGUUCCUUUGAUUUGAUGAGCAGCCAAAGAAAACAAUGUUGAAAGAAUUAGUAUUGGAUUAUAUGCAAUCAGGAAACAGUUGUUCCUGCAAAGCUUAUAUUCAGGAAGCAAUAUUGUGGUCUGUGAACCAGUGUUAGUUAUUACUGCUUUCAUUGAAAAAAAAGCCCUGGAGAAGAAAAUUCAAAUCCACUACCAGCACUUUAAGAAUUGUCUCGAAAAGGAGAUGGGCUUUGGUAAAGAAGAAAAGUGGAGUAGGACCAAAAAAUUGAUUUUUAAAAUAAGUCAGACAUAAAGUAGGCAUUAGAGUGGAACAAAUUAUUUUGUUUGAAACAUCAUUCACAUCAAGCAAACCAAAAAGAAAAGACUGUGAGCUUUUCUGAGUUGCAAUAUCAAAGAUAUUGGAAUCAGACAGCUCAUUCUUACUGGUGACCUUGUGCCUGUAGUGGGAUGAAACGCUAAAACCAGAUAGAGGGCAGGGGUAAAGAGAGGGAGUGUAGGGAUUCAGAUGCUGAAAAAAUUAUUUAAGAUGAAAUCCAUUAGGAAAUUGAGUAAUUUUUAUUUUCAGUGGACAAAAACCUUGUAUCAGAAUAAGCAUAUUGCAUUCUUUUUCACACUUUUCAAGAGCUAUAAAUGUAACAAGUUAUAUGAAAAAACUCCAAAAGAAAGGUUCUUAAAAUAAAUAUGGAGGCUGUGAGGAAAUACUUCAGAAGCCUCAAAUUUCACAAAAUGAAAUCUUAUGCGUGACGAUUUUACCUUGUGAAAUUUUAAAUUUAUUUUCUCGGGCUCCAUAAGAAAUUGUCUUUGGUGUUAUUACAGAUAACUAAUGACAUAGGUCUUCAAAAGUGUAAAAAGAAUGCAAUAUGGCUUAAAAUAUGGACAGUACAAGGUUUUUGUCCACUGACAAAUUUCAAUUUCCUAAUGGAUCCUGUCUUAAAUAUUUCAAGGGUUGUGAGGUUUAAUAAAGACUUCUCAGCUGUAGAAAAUGUUAAGAUAAGAACUUGGUCCUAAAACUUCCUUGACAAUGUUUAGAUGGAUAUACAUUAUUUGCAACAAAGCAAGAAAAGCUGGACUUUNAUUGAUUUUUAAAAUAAGUCAGACAUAAAGUAGGCAUUAGAGUGGAACAAAUUAUUUUGUUUGAAACAUCAUUCACAUCAAGCAAACCAAAAAGAAAAGACUGUGAGCUUUUCUGAGUUGCAAUAUCAAAGGUAUUGGAAUCUCAUUCUCACUGGUGACCUUGUGCCUGUAGUGGGAUGAAACGCUAAAACCAGAUAGAGGGCAGGGGUAAAGAGAGGGAGUGUAGGGAUUCAGGUGCCGAGAAAAUUAUUUAAGAUGAAAUCCAUUAGGAAAUUGAGUAAUUUUUAUUUUCAGUGGACAAAAACCUUGUAUCAGAAUAAGCAUAUUGCAUUCUUUUUGACACUUUUCAAGAGCUAUAAAUGUAACAAGUUAUAUGAAAAAACUCCAAAAAAAAGGUUCUAAAAAUAAAUAUGGAGGCUGUGAGAAAAUACUUCAGAAGCCUCAAAUUUCACAAAAUGAGAUCUUAUGCGUGACGAUUUUACCUUGUGACUUUUUAAAUUUAUUUUCUCGGGCUCCAUAAGAAAUUGUCUUUGGUGUUAUUACAGAUAACUAAUUACAUCAAUAGGUCUUCAAAAGUGUAAAAAGAAUGUGAUAUGGCUUAAAAUAUGGACAGUACAAGGUUUUUGUCCACUGACAAAUUAGAAUUACUCAAUUUCGUAAUGGAUCCUGUCUUAAAUAUUUCAAGGGUUGUGAGGUUUAAUAAAGACUUCUCAGCUGUAGAAAAAAUGUUAAGAUAAGAACUUGGUCCUAAAACUUCCUUGACAAUGUUUAGAUGGAUAUACAUUAUUUGCAACAAAGCAAGAAAAGCUGGACUUUGAUGACUGA